ACUCGGUCAAAUGAAUUAGUGGGUGUGUUUUGGUCAGCUUUAUGGAUGGUGGUUUUCUCUCAAAGUUGUUUGUUUUCUUCAGUUUUCUUGAAAUUGGAUUUUUAUAUUUUAGAAGACAGACGAAAUGGAGUUCCAUGUUCCAAGUUACAUCCAUAUCAGAGGAUGUCCGCAACUUCUUGAUACACGAUUCGUUAAAGCGAUGGAAGGUAAAAGCGACAAGGAGCUUGCCCUAGAAGAGGACUACCACCCUCCUCCCCAGAGUGCAAGUUUUCACCCAACCCCCGGCCCAACCUUGGACUCGUACGUCAGCAUUAAUGAGAGCACCGAGGGCUAUGACCUCAAAUUUGAGCCCGGACUCGAGCCCAAGUAUGAGUGCCCCAUCUGUCUGAUGUGCUUGCGGGAGCCGAUGCAAACAGAAUGUGGGCACCGGUUUUGUGGCGCGUGCAUACUACGAUCCCUCAGGGAUGCAGGCAGUCGGUGUCCCGUAGAUCAGCUUCCAUUACAAAAGAUGUUUCCAGAUCUUUGUGUUCGAAGGGAAAUAAUGGACUUGAUGGCGCAUUGUCCCCACACCGAUUGUGUCGACAUCAUUGAACUGCGGAACAUGGAGGCUCAUCAAGAAAUGUGCCCGUUUGGGCUCCAGUCCUGCCCGAACCAAUGCAGUGAGAUGGUUCAGCGUAGGUCCAUGGGGGAUCAUAUAAGAACGACCUGCCCAAAAAGACAAAUCAACUGUGAUUCCUGUGAUGCUCCGAUCUCCUACGAUCACAAACAGGUACAUCUUGACACCUGUUCGAAGGUCACCAUAUCAUGUGAUUACUGCAAGGAGUCCAUGCUUCGGGAGACGAUGAUGACGCACCUUAAGAACCUCUGCCCCAAGAUGGUCAUUCUGUGUCGGUUUCAUGCAAUAGGCUGCACUGAGAGGUUGGAGCGGGAGCUAAUGCCAGGUCACUUAAAGUCCUCGAUGGAACAGCACAUGGAACUUAUGGCAUCACAACUAGAGCAUAUCCAGGUCGCUCCCAAACGUACAUCAUCAAGCCAUCAAGAAUACGAGGCGCCAGACUUGUCAAUGUUUGAACAUUACGAAUAUUCAGUCUACCCCCCGUAUGCAACAAAAUUUAAAACGCCGGAACCCUUUCCGACGACAACAACUUCUGGUUUUUCGACGUGCCAAACACCGAUUUUCACGCCUUCUUUCGUAUCACCAUCGACAAAACCCGAAGAGGCUGAGGUAGAGACGCUGAGAGCAAAGAUGCCAGACUCAGCGAAGCUUAAGCGGGCGGAUUUCAAGUCGUCUGUGAGCGUCCCGCCAGCUGGGGACAACAAGCCUGUCAUGCGUCGGUUUGCGUCGGCCGAUCAUCGGGUCACAACAGUGGCCUCCAUGGACCCCAGGGGUGUUGACCAUCGAUACUCAACUGGCGAUCGCAGCGUACAGCUCCGCCACUUUCCCUCGUUCGAGCAAGAGCAGGGCGUGUCGCCCGACGGUGACCUUACGAGGAGCUUUCAGAGGAUGGAAGCGGAACAUCGCUCUCUGAGGGAAAAGAUGAAAGUUCAAGAGCAGUGGGCGGCAAUGCAGAAGCAAGAGAUGAUCUCAAUGCAUUUGAGCACACAACACAAGAUAAAGAUGCUCUCGGAGUCGCUGUCGAAACUGGAAACGAGAUUGUGCGGCGGAGAGUUCUUCUGGAGGUUGGAAGGGUACUCUGAGCUUCUGCGAGAGGCGUCGAAAGGAGAGACCAGCGUCUGUCACAGCCAGGGAUUCUACACCAGUUUCUACGGUUAUAAACUGUGUCUGCGCGUCAACUUCAACUCCCCGAGCAGCGGGCAUAGUCAGCACAUCUCGUUGUUUGUGCACUUCAUGAAGGGAGAGUUUGAUGACAUACUGGACUGGCCGUUCAGCGGUACAAUCACUCUGUCGAUUCUCGACCAGAACGAAGACACGUCGAAACGGAAGCCCAUUUGUGAAACACUCGUCGCCAAACCCGAACUGGCAGCUUUCCUUCGGCCAAGAACGAAUAGGAACCACAAAGGGUUUGGUUACAUGGAGUUUGCCCCGCUGGAAAUGUUAACCAGCGGCGCGUACAUAAAGAAUGAUAGCGUGAUAGUCAAGGUUAAAGUUCAUUGACCCCGGUCAGAGUUUAAUGAUCAAUUUAAUUUAUGCAAGGGCCGCAUACUUCAUUGACCCCGGGUCAGAGUUUAAUGAUCAGUUUAAUUUAUGCAAGGGCCGCACUCUUCCCAGGAAGUUGAAAAUGGUUCAGCUUCGAUUGAUGACAUUGUUAAUCUUUACUGACCUUAAUUACUAAUAAUAAUAACCAAUAAAAACAACCAAUAACAACAACACAAAGUGGUCACCGAGAUUAGCCAUAAAAUGAAAAAUCAUGAAAAUUGUGGAAAAAAGCUCCCUGAAUGUACAGAUUUAGAGGUUACAGACUCCGUACAUCAUUUCAAAUAGACAUCAGGGGCCGAUUUCACAAAGAGCUAAAAUUGAUCGCAACUGCAAAUCAGUCGUAGUUACUUAGUAAAGUGUGAU